AUGAAGGUUUCAGGUGAAAAAUUAGUUCCAAAUCAAUCGGGUACAAUUACAAUUAUCCCAGAAAAAUCAGAUGAUUUAUGGGUUUUGUUCAAUCUUAUCGCCAAUGGCGACGUUGUUUCUGCUCCCACCACUAGGAAAAUCCAAUCUUGUUCAGAGUCGACAAAUAAAAAGAACAAUUCUAGGAUUCAACUUGACCUCGAAGUCAAAGUCGCAGCCGUUGAUUAUGAGAAAGAUUGUUCAAUCAUUCGUGUUCGCGGCAAGAUAGUUACCUCUGGAACUUUUCAUACUUUGGAAUUGGAAACCAAGAAGGAGUUUAAUUUGAGCAAGAAGCGAUGGGACGAAGAAACAAUUAAGGUUUUGAUGGAAGGAUCGGGUCAAAACGGUACGACGUAUGAUCUAGGAGUAAUUUUAAUAAAGGAUAAAUCAGCUGAAAUUUUGUUGAUCGAUAAAAACGCAAUAAGUGCUACUAGUCAUUGUGCAACUAUACGAUGCGAAAAGCCCUCCAAAAACAACUCGAACUCAGAGAAAUUUUUCGAUAAUUUAUUCGUUUCGUUUAGAAAAUAUAUAGAUAUGAAUGUCAUACCUUACGUGGUGAUCGCAAGCAGUAACUCUAUCAAGGAUGAUUUUCGUACUUACAUGUUGCUUGAGGUUCAAAGAUGGAAGAUAAAACCCAUCGAGAGCAACAAAUCGCGAAUUCUCAUGGUGAACAAGAGCAAUGUCAAGGAUAUUUUGAGCGAUAAAGUGGUGAUGAACGUGAUGAAGGGCAUGACGAAGAGUGAAAUUAACACGAAGGUGCUUGAAGAAUUCAUGAAUAUGGUGGUAACUAAAUCUGAUAAGGUAUGUUAUGGUUCUAAAAGUGUUGAAUAUGCGCAUGAGUUGCUGGCAAUUGAAACACUUUUAAUCACCGAUAAAAUACUGGAAAACAAGGAUAUUAAACUAAGGAAAAAGUACUCGGAACUGAAGAUAUCAGUGCAUGAAGCUGGUGGAAAAGUUGUACUAUUUGGUGAUGUUGAAGGACACAGACUUGCUCAAAUGACUGGAAUUGCUGCAAUUUUGAGGUUUCCUAUACCUAAUAUUGAUGACUUGGUUUUGUAA